AUGAAACCGCAAUCAAAAACCCUCUAUCACUUGCGACCGAGGCUUGACGAGAUUCUCGACGAUACAGCUCCCGUCCCGUAUACACUUGGCACAUUUAUUGCCUUUCUAGCUCAGAACCACUGUCUUGAGGUUCUCGAGUUUAUCCUCGAGGCGAAACGCUACCGGAAGACUUACGACUGGCUGCAACAUCAGGACAAGACUUUCCACGAGGAGCAAGCGCCGGAAGAGCGCCUACGGCGAGUAUGGGAUCGCAUCAUACACACGUACAUUGAGUGUGGUGCACCUCGAGAGAUCAACGUGCCGAAUGAAAUACGUGAGAAGUUGUUGAAGCACACGGAAAACCACGACUCCAUCCCACCGCCCAGCCUGCUUGACGGUGCUGUUCAUCAUAUGCGUGAAUUACUACGAGAAUCAAUCCUCAUCCCCUUCCUCCGAAGCUGCUCUGGCACCGCUCACGUCCAGCCCUUGUCAGUACCAUGCCUCAGUGGCACCGAACGAGUGUCUCCUUGCCCCAAGGCCUCCGAUGACUCGACACGCCGGCGGUCAAAGCUCAGUGGGCUCAUUCCAUCCUCCCCUGCAGAUACGGACUAUUCCGAGGUUUCACAACCACCAUCACGGUACAGAUCGCGAGAAAGAACUUCACAAGACGUCUUGGCCUCAUCCUCGUCCGACAUAGGGCGGCAAAUCACCGGCGGCCACAAUUGGGAUGUCUUGCCAAACGGCGAAGAUGCGAGGCUCUGGCACGUGAAAUCUACGCCGGAGAAGAAGGAGCCUCUCCCCGACUCCGACUCGCCGAAGAAGAGAUGGCGACGCUUCCAGGGACUUGCCAAGCAUUUCCGGCGUUCUUCUGAUUAA